AUGACCGAGGAAACGAACACCGAUAUAGACUUAACGCUGUCACGUCCACCUAGAAAUGAAUAUCGUCACUACAGUUCUAAAGCCUAUUUUACACAUGCACCUUCCAAAACUCAAUUCCAACAGGGUUAUCUCGGCGUUCAACCCUCAAUAAUAAAAGGCACCUUUCACCUGAGGUACCCAGAGGCCCAACCCUUGUUAGUUGAAAGGAUCGAGAUAACCUUUAAGGGAAAAGGAAGUGUAAGGUGGAAACAGGGCAAAAGAGAGUAUCGACGAGUUAACAAGUUUUUUCGUCUCACCAAAAGAAUCUGGUCGUCGUUAGCCAGUGAUCACUUUGAACCCAUCGUCAGCUUGGAUUUACCCUUUGAAUUUACCAUACCUGACGUUUCCCCUUCAUCAAUCCCCCAAAUUGAUAAUGGAAUCAUCAAAUAUUCUCUUAAAGCCAAGAUCUAUCGUAAAUCCAACUUUAUAAUGAAAUUUUCUAGUAAGAUAAUUGAGGUGUGGGUAAACAUCAAUCGUUGGAAUCUUCCUCCGGCGCCCGAUUAUGAGACGCUACCUAUUACCAAAAGAUUUGAGAUGUUUGAGUGCCAAAUGUCAUUGAAUCAAACGAUAUUUGAUGCUAAUGACACAAUCAAUAUUCCAAUUAAGUUCAUAUUAUUUGAUAUGAGAGUUAGUGUGAAGAAAGUGGUGGUCAGGCUAAAACAAUAUCAUCGACUAAAGGCUCAUGACCAUGAUUCAAAGCUCACAAAGAAAUAUGUGGCAGGACAUGAGGUUAGCGGUGAUCAAAUAUUAAUGAGUUCGGAUUCUUCUAACGAAUUCUUGGUCGGGUUGAAGUUGAAUUUACCCGAGUCUCAUGAUUUGAGGUGUAGUUGCAACACAAUACUGAUAGAUAUUUGGCAUAGGAUUAAGGUUAGGAUACAUAUGGGCAACGCUAACACGUCGUACGUGAAUUUCGAGAAAGACGUGAAGAUCUACAAUGUGAUUCCGGCUGACUCAUUUAUUCUUGAUAUGGGAGAGAGGACCGCCACCAGAUCUACCAUUCAAUCCUUGUUUGAUGCCAAUGAGCAUAGGUGGAUUGACGAGAUAUCAGGUGACGAAUUGCCUGAAUAUCAGAACCGAUAA